CACUGACGCUCCUCCCAAGAACCUCGCCAAAGAAUCCUAGAAUCCAAGAAAGGCAUCAGCAAAAACAGGGGGAGGAGGGGAAGAGUAGGAAGAGGAGGAGGUGGUGGGGAAGAACCGAAGAAGACCAGCGAAGACCACGCAAGGCACAAGCACAUUUGCUUGUGUCCUCCCGUGUGGUCUUCUUCUUCGUCUCCUGCUACCACCUUCUCGGAGAGGGGGGGAGUGAUGGCGCGGCGGUGGCCGGCUGCCCUGCUCUGCUGGGCGGCGGCGGCGGCCUUGCUUGCGGCCGCCGUGGAGUGUGCGGUGACCUACGACAAGAAGGCGGUGCUCAUCGACGGGCAGAGGAGGAUUCUCUUCUCCGGAUCCAUACAUUACCCCAGGAGCACCCCCGAAAUGUGGGAAGGGCUAUUUCAGAAGGCCAAAGAUGGAGGCUUAGAUGUGAUCCAGACUUACGUCUUCUGGAAUGGGCACGAACCAACUCCCGGAAAUUACAAUUUCGAAGGGAGGUACGAUUUGGUCAAGUUCAUUAAGACCGCCCAGAAGGCCGGGCUGUUCGUACAUCUCCGUAUCGGUCCCUACAUUUGCGGGGAGUGGAAUUUCGGUGGCUUUCCAGUUUGGUUGAAGUAUGUUCCGGGCAUCAGCUUCAGGACAGACAAUGAGCCUUUCAAGACGGCAAUGCAGGGGUUCACAGAGAAAAUCGUAGGAAUGAUGAAGAGCGAAGAACUCUUUGCUUCCCAAGGUGGCCCUAUUAUCCUUUCGCAGAUUGAGAAUGAAUAUGGACCAGAAGGGAAAUCAUUUGGUGCUGCUGGCAAGUCAUAUAGUAACUGGGCAGCAAAGAUGGCCGUGGGAUUGGACACUGGUGUGCCGUGGGUGAUGUGCAAGCAGGAUGAUGCACCAGAUCCAGUGAUAAAUGCAUGCAAUGGUUUCUACUGUGAUGCAUUUUCUCCAAACAAGCCUUACAAGCCUACGAUGUGGACUGAAGCUUGGACUGGUUGGUUUACUGAAUUUGGUGGGACCAUCCGUAAACGACCGGUUGAAGAUCUUUCAUUUGCUGUUGCUCGUUUCGUACAGAAGGGUGGUUCAUUUAUCAACUACUACAUGUAUCACGGAGGAACAAAUUUUGGGCGCACUGCUGGAGGUCCCUUCAUCACAACAAGCUAUGAUUAUGAUGCUCCACUUGAUGAAUAUGGACUUGCGAGAGAACCAAAGUAUGGACAUCUUAAAGAACUCCAUAGAGCUGUCAAGUUAUGUGAGCCGGCGUUGGUUUCUGUUGAUCCAGCUGUGACUACUCUUGGAAGUAUGCAAGAGGCCCAUGUCUUCCGAUCUCCAUCCAGUUGUGCAGCUUUUCUCGCGAACUACAAUUCUAACUCUCAUGCAAAUGUUGUCUUCAACAAUGAGCAUUACAGCCUUCCACCUUGGUCAAUCAGCAUCCUGCCUGAUUGCAAAACUGUUGUUUUUAACACCGCAACUGUUGGUGUUCAGACAUCUCAAAUGCAAAUGUGGGCAGAUGGGGAGUCUUCAAUGAUGUGGGAGAGAUAUGAUGAGGAGGUUGGUUCACUAGCAGCUGCUCCUUUGCUCACCACAACUGGUCUACUGGAACAGCUCAACGUCACGAGAGACAGCAGUGAUUAUCUAUGGUACAUCACCAGUGUGGAUGUAAGCCCAUCUGAAAAAUUUCUACAAGGUGGCGAACCUCUGUCUCUCACUGUGCAAUCUGCUGGACAUGCCUUGCAUAUCUUUAUCAAUGGACAGCUACAAGGUUCUGCCUCUGGAACAAGGGAAGCUAAAAAAUUCUCAUAUAAGGGCAAUGCCAACCUUCGUGCUGGUACUAACAAAAUUGCACUGCUGAGUAUUGCUUGUGGACUGCCGAAUGUCGGGGUGCAUUAUGAGACAUGGAAUACUGGUAUCGUUGGUCCUGUUGUGCUUCAUGGGUUGGACGUGGGCUCGCGAGAUCUCACCUGGCAGACUUGGUCCUAUCAGGUUGGGCUGAAAGGUGAACAGAUGAAUCUGAAUUCCUUAGAAGGCGCAAGCUCAGUUGAGUGGAUGCAAGGAUCAUUGUUAGCACAAGCGCCAUUGUCAUGGUAUAGGGCAUACUUUGAUACUCCGACUGGUGACGAACCUCUGGCUCUGGAUAUGGGUAGCAUGGGAAAGGGCCAAAUCUGGAUAAAUGGACAAAGCAUUGGACGGUACUCGACAUCAUAUGCAAGUGGGGACUGCAAAGCUUGCAGUUACGCCGGAUCAUACCGGGCACCCAAAUGUCAAGCAGGUUGCGGUCAGCCCACACAACGUUGGUAUCAUGUGCCAAAAUCCUGGUUGCAACCAUCAAGAAAUCUAUUAGUUGUUUUUGAGGAACUUGGUGGGGAUUCUUCGAAGAUUUCCCUUGUGAAAAGGUCAGUCUCAAGUGUAUGCGCUGAUGUAUCCGAGUAUCAUACGAACAUCAAGAACUGGCAGAUUGAGAAUGCAGGGGAGGUUGAGUUCCACAGGCCGAAGGUGCAUUUAAGAUGUGCACCUGGUCAGACUAUUUCUGCCAUAAAAUUUGCUAGCUUUGGGACACCUCUUGGGACCUGUGGAAAUUUCCAGCAAGGGGAUUGCCAUUCAACUAAGUCACACGCUGUUCUUGAGAAGAACUGCAUUGGGCAACAAAGAUGCGCCGUCACCAUCUCCCCCGAUAACUUUGGUGGAGAUCCCUGCCCUAAGGAGAUGAAAAAGGUGGCAGUUGAGGCGGUGUGUUCUCCUGGUACAUAGGUGACUUCUUCGACUAGACUAAUUUAAAAGCAGUGUCGAAAACGGUGGCCUUGUGCAUGAUCAAGCUGAGCUAGCAGAGAGGAGAGUUCAAUUGUAAAGUGUCGACUUCACCUAGAUGCGGCUGGAGGAUUAGAAGGCCAUUGGUAGCAUUCCUUCAUGUCGGAUUCAGAUUAGUUCCGUGCUCUACUGCAUCUCCAUGAAUUGUUCAAAGCGACCAACUGGUAAUUGAGGUUGGUCCUGGAAUGGGAUGCAAGGAGAGUAGAGGCAAAAGACUCGAUGCAUUCUUUUGCAUUGUGCUAGUAUGUGUGGCCUGUCUCGCCUGUUUUUCUUGAAGAAGAAAGAUGCAGGGUGAUUUGUGCAUGUAUCCUUAUUUUGAGAUACUUGCUAUCAGAGGAACCUCUAAUUUCUGAAGGUUGCUCACUUGCUCUUUCUUAAGGUGGUAAACCACCUGGAACUCGAAGGAGAUUUAUGCCAACUUUAUCUUGUGGUAAA